AUGGGGCAGGUUAUGUCUAUACCAACCGAAGUAUCCUCCAAAUCACUAAGUUCAUCAAAGAAACGUUCAGUUUUACUCGUUGGUGGCGUUGUUGCUGUAUAUUUAAUCAAGCAGUAUGUCGAACAAGAAAGAAAGAAACAAGUCUCGAAAGCUGCAAACGGUCAAGAUAAUAGGAAUCGAAAGCACAAGAGAAUUGGUGUAGAUUCGCGUUUUGUAUCGCAGAUAAAAAAAUUAUUACCCAUUUGUAUCCCUGGAAUUGCUAGUAAGGAAGCUACUUUGCUUGUAGCUUUGGCGAUGGUGUUAAUAGCUCGCACUUGGCUUGAUAUAUGGUUUUCUGGUUUUAACGGACACGUUGUUAAGGCGAUUGUAUCUCGUGACCGGAAAACUUUUAUUGCUCGGGCUGUUGUCGAGUUUGGAUUUAUGAUGUGGCCAAUGAGUGUAGUUAACAAUUCAUUGAAACUUACGAUAAGCGCGUUGGCUUUAUCGUUCCGAACCAGACUUACAAAGUAUGCCAAUGAACAAUAUUUAAAAGACAUUACCUUUUAUAAAAUAUCGAAUAUCGAUAACCGAAUUCAGAAUGCAGACCAAUUGCUAACGCAGGAUAUAGAUAAAUUUGCGGAAAAUCUAAGUCACUUAUAUUCAGAUAUUGCAAAACCCAUAGUAGAUAUGGUCUUAUUUGCGUAUAAGCUGGGGGAGGCCAUUGGUCGAGAGGCUCCUAUUUAUAUGAUCGCGUACUUCAUGGUAUCCGGUGCUCUUUUACGUGCGAUUUCACCGCCUUUCGGAAAAUACACUGCCAUAGAGCAAAAGCUUGAGGGUGAUUUUAGGUUCACACACUCACGAAUCAUUACUCAUUCUGAAGAAAUUGCCUUUUAUGGUGGUGGUGAACGGGAGAAAGCUGUCGUAAAUGGAAGUUUUGAUAAGAUAGUACGACAUGUGAAAAAAAUAUAUCGACUCCGAUUCGCUAAUGGAAUUUUCGAUUCAGUAUUGGUGAAAUAUUGUGCAACCAUGACUGCAUAUUAUCUGUUGGCACGUCCUGUAUUUGAUCCAAAAUAUGCUACGGAAUUCAUGGGCAAGCUUGACGCCGAUCCAACAAAGAUUAUGGAAGAUUAUUCAAGAAAUUCUGGUUACCUUGUAAAUUUAUCACAAGCUGUAGGCAGAUUAAUUCUUGCUGGACGCGAUUUGACUAGAUUUGCAGGAUACACUUCACGUGUCGCAGAACUUUUCGAUGUACUUGAUGAUGUCAAUAAAGGUCGGUACGAACGUACUAUGGUAAGCAAGGAUUCAAAUGAAGCUAAUGUUAACCAAGCGGUGACACCAAACGACCUCAAGGGUAAAAUUAUUACGAAAGAUGGUGUUAUUUAUUUCGAUAAAGUUCCAAUUGUUACACCAAAUAAUGACGUAUUGGUGAAAGAAUUAUCUUUCAAAGUUGAAAAGGGAAUGAACUGUCUCAUUUCCGGACCUAAUGGAUGUGGGAAAAGUUCUCUUUUCCGUAUCCUUGGCAAUCUCUGGCCACUUUUUGAUGGUACUGUUACUAAACCAGCAGCAUCCAAAUUGUUUUACGUACCUCAAAAACCAUACUUGGCACUUGGCACAUUCCGUGAUCAGAUUAUUUAUCCGGACACAAAAUCUCAAGCACGUUCCAAGGGAUUUGACGAUAAUAAAUUAUUGGAAUUGCUUAAUGUCGUACACUUGGAAUAUUUGGUUGAUCGAGAUGGAGGUUGGGAUGCAGUGCAAGAUUGGGCCGAUGUUUUGUCGGGUGGCGAAAAACAGAGAGUAGCUAUGGCUAGACUUUUUUACCACCGUCCUCAAUUUGCUAUUUUGGACGAAUGUACUAGUGCAGUGAGUGUCGAUGUUGAGGGCAUUAUGUAUACUCAUGCUCAUACUUUGGGAAUUACAUUAUUUACUGUAUCUCAUAGGCAUUCAUUGUUAAAUAUCAUGAGUGGAUUCUUCGCUUUGAUGGAGAAGGAAAUUAUGAAUUUCGGAAGUAAACUUGAAGAAGGCGAUUUGACGACACCAUUUGCUUUUUCGCAUGGUAAAUCUAAUAAAAAGAAGUUUGAAGUUGGACAAGGUGAUGAGGGUGAUGAUGAUGAGGGUGAAGAGGCCGAUAAUGAAAAAAACAGCUCUUCUAGUAGCAAUAAUUCAGAUUGA